CAGAACCCUGGCUUUCUUUGUUUGCCUUGGGAUAUUUGAGUACUCGUGACGCCCAGCCAACCUUGAACUGAUUUCUGCAUGUCAAAGAACGCAGUUAUUCCCUCCCCCGUCAUUCCCUUCCCACAAUCUGUACCUGCAGCACCCACCAUGCAGGUGUUCACUGCCAAGAAGAUGCAGUCGAGAAGAACUGUGAUUCUUCCCGACAUGUUCAAAGGUUUUGUGGUCGAGUCUCCACCCAUGAAUCCCAACUAUGAAACAGUCAAGCCGAUAUCUGAGAGAUGGCUUGCAGAGAAGUGUUCCUUCUCGCCUCGAAUGAAAAAGAGGGUUGAGUUCUGCGACUUUGCCAUCUUCAUUUCUAUCGCUGCUCCUGAUGCUCCAUUCGACAAGCUCAAGACGAUGUGCGAUUGGGGGAACUGGGUCUUUCCUUUCGACGAUAUGUUCGAUGAAGGAUCAUUGAAAUCCGAUCCGAACCAGUCGCAGGUUGUCAUCGAUAGUCUCAUGGCAGAUAUGCUAGACAAGACUUAUACCAGAACAAAGAGCGCUGUAGUCCAGGCUCAUGACGACAUUUUUCGAAGAGUCUCACAGGGCUCAACCUCUGGUGCCCGGAGAAGAUUUGCUCUCGCAAUGAAGCAAUACACAGACGGAGUAGUCCAUCAUGUGAAGCAAUUUUCUACAAAUAGCAUUCCUAGUAUUCAAGAGAUGCUGGAGACAAGGCGGCUUUCAUCGGGAGUGACGCCUUUAUAUCAUCUGAUCGAAUAUGCCCAUGACAUCAAGUUGCCAGAUGAAGUAUUCCAAGACCCCAUUAUCCAGACGUUAGAACUUCUGGGUGCGGACUUUGUCUUGCUGUCCAACGACAUAUUGUCCUACCGGAAGGAAGAGAAUGACGACUGCCCUUUUAGCAUGGUUGCAGCUUGUCGAAUGACUGGCCAAUCUCCACAAGAGGCAUUUGAUACUGUCGGGAAUCUUCUUGAGGAAAGAUACCAAUAUUGGCAGAGCGCAAUUGAACAAUUGCCAAGUUGGGGACCUGAGAUUGACGUAAAUGUCGCCCGCUACAUUCAAGGCAUUCAGAAUGUUGUGCAGGCCAACAUCACGUGGAGCUUCCGAUCGGGGAGAUAUUUUGGGAAGCAAGCCCCCGAGAUCCGACGGACGAGAAUGAUUGAUGUGAUGGUCAAUCCGCCGUUUCUACAGGCGAGACAACUUCAAUCUGGUUGGUCAAGAUUGGUUAUUGGGUCAUUAUUCAGAAGAUUAUUUGGAUCAUUUGUUAUUUGUUUUAUGUUUGUUUUUUAUUUUACCAUUUUGAAGGGCUGACAGGCCCGACAACUUGGAACAACUUCUUCGGCGUUAACCGGCUGUAAAUAUUGAGUUUAGACUAAAUAAAAAGAUCAAAGCUGAGA